UGAAAAUGGCGGCGUGCAACAGGAGCAAGGGGCGGAAUUCGGUGCAGAACAGUUUGCCUCUCAGUCGUGACUUUUCUCAAGUGAUGGAGGUGGCAAGCGGCUGGAUCGUGGAUUUUAUGUGUUACAGUCUCUACCGCUAUUUCGGGGCAGGAAUGAUCGAGGAGUUCCGAAUGAUAAGGGACACCAUGAAUGGUUUUGUUCAGCAGCCUUCCAUUAUAAAGUCCAAACAGGCAAAGAAGCUGCAUGUCUGCCAAAUCCUAUCUCGAAUUGUGGAAGGAAAUAAUCUUGAUGUCCAGUUUGAUAAAGAUGAAAGUAUAACCCCAUUGGAAUCUGCGUUAAUGAUUUUGAUUGAAAUGAUGGACAAUAAUGAGAUACAGAAAGAUGAGCUAUAUGCAGAUUUGAAGCUACUACUUCAAAUACAGUGUGUGGCAGUCUGCAUGCUGAAUGGAGACUUCAAGAAAGCUACUGAAGUUCUAGAACGGCAGUUUCCAGAAAAUAUCACCCAUGAAUUAGAUCCGGCCUUGAAAAGGAAGCUUUCUGUGAUUAUCACCAAAAAAGAUCCAUAUCAUAAAUUCCUUAAUAAUUUUAGCAACAAACGCUUGUUUGAGUGUGCUGAAUCUCUUGCAGGUAGAAUGCUAAGUGAGAAAAACUCAAACUUCCUGUAUCAAGCAGCACAUAAAGUAGUGGAGUCCCAAAAAAAUGGAGAUGCAGACAUGAGCAGUUCUGGAGAUGAGAGUAAUCAUGAUCAUCAGGAUGACAAAUGUGGGGAUUUAUUGCAAGACAUUGAUGAAGAGUUGAAUAACACAGAAUCUAAUAUGAAAAGAUCCAAAAAGCGACUUUACAGUUUUUCUCAUCACAAAGAGCUGAAACCAUUAAAAUUUGAAUCAACUGAAGAUUUCUUGAGGAAAAGAAAAUCAUCUUGGAAGGAGAAGAGAAUCACGAGUACUGGUCAUCUGGUGAAAAUUAAAAAGAAAAGUAUGUCAAUUAAUUCGGAUGUUCCAAGGAAGAGAAGACCUUGGCUAUGGGAAGAAGAUACGAAACUAAAAGAAGGAGUAAGAAAAUUUGGGCUUGGAAAUUGGACCAAAAUUUUGGAGCACUACGAGUUCGACAGUCGUACUAGUGUCAUGCUAAAGGACAGAUGGAGAACAAUGAAAAAGCUUCAUAUGGUCCACUCUGAUGAAGAGAGCUGAGAACUAGUAGCAUCAAAAAUUCCAUAGUUGGUACCCACCAUUGCGGUGAAGGGAUGGAUUGGUGAUCUUUAUAGCUUUUUAUUUAAUAUAUGCCAGGUGGAGACCAACCCAUUUUGCCUCUGCAUCGUUAAGUUUGAAGAAGUCCAUAUUCUUGUGGUAAACCUUGAAGACAACUUUGAUGCAUUUGUCAGAUCACUAAAAUUUACCAUCUAUUUGAGCACAUAAUUCUGUCUGUGUAUACAUAAAUCACUUUGCUUUUUGUGGUGAGGUGCCUUCCUUGUGAAGUAUGAAGACUGCAGAUAACUGCACGCUUGACAAUGCAUUCUGUUGUGUGUAGUAGAUUAUGAGGGAAGCUUUGCUACAUUUCGAGCAUUCCAGGUCUGCCCGGUGUCAACAUUAACACCUCUAUUCUACCUGUAUGUUACUGAGAACAAUCAAAGCAGAACAAAUAUGGAAGUUGAGUAAGCAGCAAGUAAAUGGGGAGUAACUUGUACAUGUUGUUUGAACUUGGAGCAUUCAGACCUUUACAUGAGUGUCAGUUGGCCAACUUUGUGAACUGCAUUUCCUAUUUGAUCUUGUAAAGUAAGAGUUAAAAUGUAAAAUUCAUAUCUAUUACAAUUAAGUGUUAUUGCAUUACCAGCAUGUACACACACUGUGGAAAUUCAAUAAUAUAUUCUAAAAAAAAUACAUUGUAUGUGAUAAAAUUUAUAAGGAAUAUCACUAUGUCAUUGUAACUAAUUUGCUGUUCUCACCCAUGUACUUUUAUUCAAUUGCAUUUGUUCUACAAUCACAAUUUAAAUCCUAAUGUCAAUACUUUUGGGGGCGGGGGGGGUGCACGGUCUUGCCUCUGCUUGUUGGACAGGUUUUAAAGCUUUUCAAAUCUGAUUUGGAGGAACAUGUAGCCUAGACAGUAGUCUCUGGCUGUGUGUAACCAGCUCAGAUUAAACUGGGGGUGGCUACUCAAAGGGCUAGAAGAGCCUUUUCUGCACUGCAUCAAAUAAAUAAAUAAAUUUCCUAAUUGGAAGAAAAACUAUGCCCACUUCUACAAAAAAAAAUGACAUUCGCAAUGGCUGAAAGAUGAAAAUUUGGAGUUUGCUAAUACUUGGGAACUAAAUCCAGGGUGAUUUUCAACAUUAUGCAUAUCCCAUAUUGGGAUUUAGAUGUUAUUUGUAGUAUUGUCUAUAUAUUGUAAGGUAAGUUCCCUACUUUUACAAGACCAGUGUGUACCCUGCAGUUAUUUUGUCCAUGUAUUAAGAUAGUCAUCUCCCUUCAGAUGGUGACAGCCAUUACAUGAAUUAGCCAAUAGCUUAAAGGGGGAAAAUCUCCUUUAAAAUUUUGAUUUCAUAAAAAUACUCUGGUACCUAUGUGUGUAUUAUUUCCAAUAUGUAAAGUAUGUGAAUAAACUUUAU